AUGAGUGUACAAUCUGGGACGGAACAUGUGGCCAGUGAUCCGUUGAACGACAAGUGCGUCGCGUCUAUGUCGCAAAAACCGGACGUGGACCCAUCACCAGUUGUUGAAGAUCAACCAGGCGCGUCGGAUCUGGACCUCACCUGGGACUCAGAUCAAGAUUUUGAUGAAAGUGUAUAUUACCAUGAAGGAAGUGAUCUGUACGCGGAAGAUGUCGACGGUCAGAUGGCGGUACUGCCAGAAGUGCCCGUGACGACGGAAGAUGUGAAGAUCGAGGACAUUCAGCGAUGUGGAUCUGAUAAUCAGGCCUCACAAGAAAUUGAUCGACUUCGCCAAAGGAUCUGGAAGUUCCGGCACCUCUUGAUUGGCAAAGGUAAUGCCCUGCCCCCGACCACCUGA